AAGCCGGACUUUGUUCCUAUCUAGACCGUCCACAUUCAUUCACAUCGCAUUUGUAACAUAAAACCAAAACCAUAGGACAAAACAAAUGUCAUUGCGUUUGUCAUCAUUGUUGUUCAAACACCACAACCUUCUUCUUCAUCACUCUCUACUACAAAAACCAACAACCCCUUUGACCAAAAUCAUCACUUCAAAAUCAUCAUCACACAUAACAAAAUCAUUUUCAACAUCCUCAGAAAUGGUGAAAGCUAUUCGAGUUCAUGAACUUGGUGGGCCACAGGUUAUGAAAUGGGAAGAUGUUGAAAUUGGUGAACCUAAAGAAGGAGAAGUUCGUGUGAAGAAUAAAGCUAUUGGUGUUAAUUUUAUUGAUGUUUAUUUUCGUAAAGGGGUUUAUAAUGCUCCUUCUUCACCUUUUACUCCAGGUAUGGAAGCUGUUGGCAUUGUGACCGCAGUGGGUUCUGGACCCACUGGUAUACAGGUUGGAGAUCUUGUAGGUUACGCUGGUCAACCAAUGGGCUCAUAUGCUGAAGAGCAGAUUCUUCCUGCAAACAAAGUAGUUCCUAUCCCUUCUUCCAUUGACCCAGCUGUUGCAGCAUCCAUCUUGCUGAAGGGCAUGACAGCGCAAUUUUUGCUCCGAAGUUGCUUCAAGGUUGAACCCAGUCACACAGUUCUUGUCCAUGCUGCAGCUGGUGGAGUUGGAUCCUUAUUGUGCCAAUGGGCUAAUGCUCUUGGUGCAACUGUUAUAGGAACUGUGUCCAAUAAAGAGAAAGCAGCUCAAGCCAAGGAGGAUGGCUGCCAUCAUGUUAUAAUAUAUAAAGAAGAGGAUUUUGUCGCCCGCGUCAAUGAGAUUACGUCAGGCGGUGGAGUUGAAGUUGUCUACGAUUCCGUCGGAAAGGAUACCUUUGAGGGAUCUUUGGCAUGCUUGAAGCUUAGAGGCCACAUGGUCAGUUUCGGACAGUCAUCCGGCUCGCCUGAUCCAGUUCCAUUGUCUUCCUUGGCUACAAAAUCUCUGUUCUUGACAAGGCCUACCCUAUUUCAAUAUGUUGUCACUCGCGACGAGCUCUUGAGGGCUGCUGGUGAGGUGUUUGCUAAUGUUGCUUCUGGUGUCUUGAAAGUGAGAGUUAAUCAUACUUAUCCAUUGUCUGAGGCAGUUAAAGCACAUGAAGACUUGGAAAAUAGGAAGACCUCUGGAUCUGUUGUGUUGAUACCAUAAGGUUAUCAAUUGUAUGUUGUGUUAGACAUUAAGUCCUUGUUGGAUACCUAUCGAAAGAAACUGUUUCAUCUUUUUUAUUAAUAAAAGGACUAUUUUGUUCAACAAUAGUUUACUUCUUAAA